GUUGCGAGCAUAGAUUGCAAGCAGGGUGCAAUAUCGGAGGUUCCCGAGAGCGAACAGCGGAGAGAGAAGCGAAACUGUGCAAAAAACGUGCACGCAGCAGUCUUUAGCGCGGAGGUAGCCCCAUUGCGUUCGAAACGUAUUCAAGUUUUGUAAAGGCGAUUUACAUUUGACUUCGCGCACAUUCCCUUUACUUGGGGAAAGUUAAACUCGGGCUCGGGGGAUAGGAGCCGCCGCCUUGAGGCGCAGAAAGUGCAGUCGGUGGUCGGCAGUUGGUUCUGCAGGAAUGUCGCAGAAAGAGAGACCCGUGUUCUAUCGACAGGAGGUCAACAAGACGAUAUGGGAAGUGCCGGAGCGCUACCAGAACCUGUCCCCGGUGGGAUCUGGCGCCUACGGAUCCGUGUGUUCUGCGUAUGAUAUGAAGAGUGUUUUAAAGGUGGCUGUGAAGAAGCUCUCUCGGCCAUUUCAGUCCAUCAUCCACGCCAAGAGAACAUACAGAGAGUUGCGGCUGCUCAAGCACAUGAAACAUGAAAAUGUGAUUGGACUGCUAGAUGUCUUUUCCCCAGCUACUUCUCUAAAGGAAUUCACUGAUGUGUAUCUUGUGACUCACCUAAUGGGGGCAGAUCUCAACAACAUAGUAAAAUGUCAGAAGCUCACAGAUGACCAUGUGCAGUUCCUCAUAUACCAAAUCCUCCGAGGGUUAAAGUAUAUCCACUCGGCAGACAUCAUUCAUAGGGAUUUGAAACCUAGUAACCUGGCAGUGAAUGAAGACUGUGAGCUGAAGAUUUUGGACUUUGGUUUGGCACGGCACACCGACGAUGAGAUGACCGGUUACGUGGCUACCCGUUGGUAUCGAGCACCAGAGAUCAUGUUAAAUUGGAUGCAUUAUAACAUGACAGUGGAUAUUUGGUCAGUGGGGUGUAUAAUGGCAGAACUCCUCACUGGACGAACUCUGUUUCCUGGCACUGACCAUAUAAACCAGCUUCAGCAGAUAAUGCGUCUGACAGGAACACCCCCAGCAUCUCUAAUAAGCAGGAUGCCGAGCCACGAGGCCAGGAACUACAUCAGCUCCUUGCCACAAAUGCCCAAGAGGCACUUUGCUGAUGUGUUCAUUGGUGCCAACCCACAAGCUGUGGAUCUUUUAGAGAAAAUGUUGGUUUUGGACACGGACAAGCGAAUAACAGCAGCCGAGGCUUUGGCUCACCCCUACUUCGCUCAGUACCACGAUCCAGACGACGAGCCUGAAGCCGAGCCUUACGACCAGAGCUUUGAGAGUCGCGAGCUGGAGAUAGAAGAAUGGAAAAGAUUAACCUAUGAGGAGUUGUGUAGUUUUGAGCCACCUGUCUUUGACGAGGAUGACAUGGAGUGACGAGAUGAGCUACCAGCAACAGCAGCAUCCAACAAAUUUGUAACAAACGCAAACGUGCAUUAGUGUUAAAGUCUCAGACAUUUGCAUAUUAGUUGUAUUAAUCUUUAUCAAUCAGGAAAACCUUUUCCACAUUUUGACCUUAGGAAAGAAAUACCAGCACAGGAAGCAAGAGCUUGACGUUUUAUGAACCACUAAUGUUCUGAUGCUGGGGAAAUGUCACUUUUUGCCAAUAGUGAAAAAUUUAUAUAUUGUGAAAUUGAGACUUUGAUGACUCAUCACUGUGACUCUGCGAUGCUGAAACACCUGGACCUAUAGCUGUGCUAUUUUGUGUUUUUAAUUUUCUAUUUAGUAAGUUAUGAAUAAGCUUUUCUAUCUAUCAUUCAAUCAAAAAAGGAAUAUGCUAAUAUGCUGGUCUGCCACUCACCCUGCCACGUUUUCACAUAUAGCACUGGGUCACAUGUACUUGUAACAUGAUUUUUGAUUCAGCUAUCACCACGAUUUAGUCUGUAUUUAAAGAGAUUACAUUGAAGGGUUUCCUCUCUGAUGGUAGAUUUUACAGUUUUUAAGUUUUUAGAAUGUGCUUGUUCUGUGUUAUCAUCGACCUUUAGUACUCACCAACUGAGUUUCAAACAUUUUGAUGUUCAUAAUUUAAAUGCCCUCUGAGACAUUUUGGCAACAACAAUCUGAGCCUCCGCUGUCAAAGAAUAGUGCUUUUCAAUGUGGCACCUAAAUAGGAAAAAUAAAUAUUUAUGGGUACAUGCUCUGGUCAAAAAUAUGUAAAUAUCUGUCAUAAUUUUUUAAUUUCUGACAUAUUGUGGUUCUGUUCUGAAGCAAGAACUUUUAGCAUGUACAGUGCAUCAGUCAAAUACUUUGUGUGUGUCUGCGAGAUUGUGUUGUUGGUUUACAGGAGUUUUAAAGUGUCAUGCUGAAACAUUAAAUAGAAAUACUGCUUAAGUGUGUAAAAGAGGGAUUAUACAUGUAUUUAUACUUUGUGGAGGUGGUAUUUAUAAACAAUCAAAAGUUCCCUAAAUCUAUUUUCAGUCCUGCAGAUUUAACUACCAUCUUCAGUCAUUUGUUAAACAAAAUAAAGACUUAUUUUUAAGAGA